CCGCUCAGCAAUACAUGUGUCAUCUUUUGCCGUGUAGUAUUUAUACAACGACACGUUUUGCAUUGCAGUCUUUUUUUUUUUGGAAAUUGCAGUGCAUUUAUUUGUUUGGAUUAAAGAAUUGAAUCAAUUUGUGGAAUAUGAGUGAUAAUCAAGUGGCAGUAGCAGAAGGCGUUGAAGCCAUAAGUCUUAAUCCAAACGAAAUCGAAGAGACAGCAACGGGUGUUGAAGUCACGGUCAAUGAUGAACAAAGUGAUGUGGUGAAUCCAUGGAAUGUGACUAGUAGUAGUGAUACUGGAAUCGAUUAUGACAAAUUAAUAAAACGCUUUGGUUCCUCUAGAAUUGAUGAUGAAAUGAUAGCACGUAUUGAAAAGAUAAGUGGAAAACCUGCUCAUCAUUUGAUACGUCGUGGUAUAUUCUUUUCACAUCGUGAGUUAAAUACCAUCUUAACAUUGAAGGAACAAGGUAAACCUUUUUAUUUGUACACCGGACGUGGUCCUAGUUCGGAGUCAUUGCACUUGGGUCAUUUGAUACCAUUCAUAAUGACAAAAUAUCUUCAGGAAACAUUUGAUGUACCUUUGGUUAUUCAAAUGUCUGAUGACGAAAAGACUUUGUGGAAAGAUUUAAAAGUAGAAGCCGCUAUAAAAUUGGCACAUGAAAAUGCUAAAGAUAUAAUUGCCAUGGGUUUUGAUAUUGAGAAGACAUUUAUUUUUAAUAACUUGACAUUUAUGGGCCAAUGUCCAGCAAUGUAUCAAAAUGUUAUACGUAUUCAAAAAUGUGUUACUUUUAAUCAAGUAAAAGGUAUCUUCGGUUUUGGAGAUUCAGAUAUAAUUGGUAAAAUUGGAUUUCCUGCAGUGCAGGCUGCUCCAGCUCUUUCCAGCACAUUUCCUUUUAUAUUUGGCGAACGUAAGGUACACUGCCUAGUACCUUGUGCAAUCGAUCAAGAUCCCUAUUUCCGUAUGUGUCGAGAUGUGGCGCCACGAUUGGGUUAUCCCAAGUGUGCCCUAAUUCAUUCAACAUUUUUCCCCGCAUUACAAGGAGCCAAGUCGAAAAUGUCUGCUAGUGAACAAAACUCUGCAGUAUUUUUAACGGAUACACCGAAACAAAUUAAAAAUAAAAUUAAUAAGUAUGCAUUUUCUGGUGGUCGUACUACCGUCGAGGAACACAGAGCCUUGGGUGGUAAUCCAGAUAUUGAUGUGGCUUACCAAUUGCUAAAAUUCUUUUUGGAAGAUGAUGCUGAAUUGGAGAGAGUUCGUUUAGCCUACAGCAAGGGUGAAAUGUUAACUGGAGAAUUAAAGAAAUUAGCUAUUGAGACUGUUACCCCUAUUGUGGAGCAACAUCAAACCGCUCGUAAAUUAGUAACCGAUGAAAUAUUGCAAGAUUUUAUGAAAAUUCGUCCCUUGAAAUUUGGUGGCUGUUAAAUUAAAUAUAUAUAUUUAUUGAAAAUAUCCUUAAAAACGUACAUAUGUUUAACCAGAUAUUUGCUUUUGUAUUAAAUUAAAUUCUAAGAUCACAUUUACAUUUAACUUAAUAUAAUUAAUUUUUUGUAUGUAUGUUCGGUUUAAGUAAUAACUUAUAAACGCUUUGCUAUGCAAUAAAUAAUAUUAAUAUUAUUUAACGAAAUAAAACAUCUUAAUGGUUGGUUAAUGUUUUUGUGAAAA